CUCUGUAUUACUAAUGUUCUCAAUAAGUACAGUCUGUGCUUGGAUCCGAUUAUGACGGAUGGGCUGUAACACUCUCAGCAGCAUGCAGGGGGCGCGAGACACCCGCCAAUGAAGCAUCGACUGUAUACGAGCGAUGCAAUGAAGUGGCGACGUCAUGACGUCAGACGCAAAUUCGGAAAAGAAGCGCGGGUGAAUGAGACGACCGGAAAGUCUCCUCACCGGGUUUGUUUACUAAAUUUACGAAGCUAAGACCGGUUUUUAGCGUUUAAAUGUGAAAAUGUCGCUGCUAAAACCGUUUAGUAAACUUCCUGGUCUGAACUCAGCGAAUAUCCUGCUGGUGGAGAACGAGGAGCAGUUUCAGCAGAGUUUAGCUGACGUUCUGGUGGAGGAGACCAGUGUCGCUGUGAAUGUGAGACUAGCUAAGAGUCUUCCUCUGCCCAUGGAGAACGAUGAGAGCCGUCCGAGGAUAGAUCUGGUGGUGUUCAUCAUCAACCUGACCUCAGAACUCAGUUUCCAGUCAGCAGAAACUUCUCUGAAAUAUUUGGACCCUGGCUAUUUCCUUGGAAAAGUCUGCUUCAUGGUCACUAAUGCUCGUAAUGCUUCAGUCCCCACAGAGCAUCUGGACGCUGUCAGAAAGCUGGCUGCAUCACUCCACUGCCCCCUUCUGUUUGCAGAGGAUCAGACACCAGAUGGUGUGACCAGCGCUACAGAGAGGCUGCUGACCGUCCUGAAGGUGGCGGCCAGUCUUGUUCCCACCACUACUGCUCUCUACCUGUCGAACCUGACCAGAUGCACUCUGCCCCCAGACAUUGACCAGCCAAGCUUUGAUUAGGUGACGGAUUUCUCUGAAGGGACGUCUUCCCUGACUUUUUUGUUUAUAUUUAUUUGUAGAAGUAGUCUGUUGUAUUUGCUCCUGCUGUGCUUUUUCCCUAUAUACAUAUUGGAAAGUGUAUAUAAUUAUAAUAAACUAUAGUGUCUUUUCUAUGCA